AUGUCCACUCUAACAGAAACUUACUUUAAUCCUUCCGAUCGGAUUGGCACUUUCAUCGAUAAUGGAAACCUCGAGAUAACCCACAUCCUUGGGGUGGGUGCUUACGGUGUGGUUUAUGCUGCCAAACACCUUCUCACCCAACGUGUAUAUGCUGUGAAAUGUAUGCACAAAGCAAACAUUGAUGCUCGUCAGCACCGACUACAUGCUACAGAGAUCAAUCUACACGCUCAGGUCUCGGCUCACCCAAACGUCAUCGGUCUUGAAAAAGUUGUUGAAACCAAUGACACCAUCAAUCUUGUUCUCGAAUAUUGUCGUGAGGGUGAUCUGUUUUCAAUGAUAACCGAAAAAGGUGGAUACCUGGGAAACAAUCAUCUCAUCAAACAAGUUUUCGUUCAAAUCUUGGAUGUGGUCCAGUUUUUUCAUUAUCACGGAAUUUAUCAUCGUGAUCUAAAACCUGAAAAUAUAUUGGUGUUUGAUGGUGGAAGGACCGUUAAACUUGCUGACUUUGGCUUGGCUACGACGGAUACUUGGUCAAGGGAUUUUGGUUGUGGUUCAACUUUCUAUAUGAGUCCAGCGGUGUGCUGUGAUCGUAAUUUGAAUUCACCUUGCUCACUUGAACCUCCCUUCUUUCCCGUAGAAUGUCAAGGUGGACUCUACAAAAGAGUACGAGGUUACGCGACUGCUCCAAAUGAUGUCUGGUCUUUGGGCGUCAUCCUAAUCAAUCUCACCU